CAUGGUUCCUCCAGACGUGGGAUGCUCUUUCUUGGGCUUUUUGGAUGCCAAAGAAACCGUUUCCUUGCAUCUGAGGAAUGCACCUGCAAGCAAAAGGAGGAACGUCCGGGUGUGAAAUUUCUCUGGGAUUUUAAACCUUUGAUUUCUGACUUUGCCAGGUUGGUUCUGGUCCAGGCAGAAAAAGCAGCAUUGGGAUCCAGGCGUGGGGUUUUGGAUGUUGCGUGGAUGCUCUUUAAAUUCCGACAGGACAGAGAGCCCCUGAGCCUUGGGAGGAUAUGCCUUUGCACGCUGAGAGGUCGCCUCUUUUAAGAUGGGUAACAAGCAGACGAUCUUUACAGACGAACAGUUAGACGCUUACCAGGAUUGCAGCUUCUUCACGCGAAAGGAAAUUCUCCGGUUGCACGGGCGUUACCACGAACUGGCACCCCACGUGGUACCCAUGGACUAUACCAGGAACCCAGAUGUUAGAGUACCUAUGCAGCUGAUAAUAAACAUGCCAGAGCUAAAGGAAAAUCCCUUCCGGGAAAGGAUUGUCCACUCUUUUUCGGAGGUUGAAGAUGGGAGCCUGAGCUUCAAUGAUUUUGUCGACAUGUUCUCCGCACUCAGCGAAACGGCUCCCCGAGAGCUCAAAGCAACCUAUGCCUUUAAGGUCUAUGAUUUUAACUGCGACAACUUCAUCUGCAAAUCUGAUCUGGAGCAAACCCUCAACAAGCUGACAAAGGAGGACCUCACGGAAGAAGAGGUCACCUUGGUUUGCGAGAAGGUCAUUGAAGAAGCUGACAUGGAUGCCGAUGGCAAGCUUGGCUAUUCCGAUUUUGAAAACAUGAUUUCCAAAGCUCCAGAUUUUCUCAGCACCUUCCAUAUACGAAUCUGAAUUCUGUGGGCUGAACAACUGGACUGAACAUUCGUCCAUCUUCUUAGCACCUCAGGCACCAUGGAGGCCUCUGAAUUCUUCCAUCAAAGGACUAAUGUCAUCUUGGACCAUCGCAGUGAUGGAGCAUCACCAUUUUCCAUGAUCUUUGGGAUACCUGUGGAAGUGUUGUCGGUUUUCUGUGGGUAUGUGUUUGAAACUCAUCACCGUUGGCCAGCAAUGUUGGUACCUGAAUGGCCAUUAGGUCCUCCUUCAAGGAACAAAUCAAUUGGAUGCUCUUCCAUGGAUUUGCCUCCCUGUGAUUUUUAUAUUUGUAAAGAUUUGAUAAUGUUGUCCCUCCAGGCAAAAAAGGAAGAGUGAGCAAGAAAAUACAUGGACUGUCCAAGACAUGGAUGGAUUCCAAACAAGAACAAUCCCUUGCCUUAAAGGAAGAUAUCUCAAUGGUUGCAGAGCACAGCAAAAGGUCUGUUUGCAGCAGGGAAAUGGGAUGGGUUUCUGUAUCGCUGUUGGAAAAGGUGGAAAAGGACAUGUCUGCCGAAUGUGCCACCGGACUGUCUUAGUUGUUUAAACAACUGGUGGAAUGCUCAUAUCCUUAAUGAUACUUGAAACAUUUUCCUUGAAAAGAAAACAACUAUAACAACCCACAUCAUGUACAUUAAUGAUUCAUUUCUCCUCCAAAUGGACUCUUUGGGGUUGCUUCUUCAGCAUCCAAGGAAGGUCAUGUUUCUUCUCAUAUCCUGAUUCAAUUAUUGCAAAAAACAGAUUGCAAAAAAAUCCAAAACAAAACACAAAACCCAGGACAAAAAGUCAAGACCAAACCAUGAACACACACAUAUUCCUGUAAAGGAAUUAUCCAGAUGGAUUGCAAAAAAAGAAAAGUAAGGCAAACCCAGGACUAAACCCAGGAAACUUUUCACUAGUCCAAAAAAACCCUCUUGCUUAUCGGAGAAAGCCAGCUAUGCAAACUUCCUUCUCAAAUGCAUGAUACCCAUGCUCCGUCUUUGCACCCGUUUCCCUCUCUCAAAAACCAGACUCUUUACUUACUUUAUUUCAGUCCGGUCUUGGAUGAAAACUGUGGCAUGGUGACAAUCACACAUGAACUACUGUUCUCAAACAGUUCUUCUAGAAGGGCUCUGAUACUACAUAUUUGUGGCUUCUGUAUCCAAGGCAUCCGUGAUUAAAAUGUCCACUGAUUUUAUGAUACCUGGUGGGUUUUUGGCUC